AUGUCUGUUCGACCUGAUUUCAAAGUUAGUAACUCUACCUUUCUUCUUACUGGUUUUCCUGGACUGGAAAGGGACUAUCCCUGGCUCUCCAUCCCCUUCUCCUGUAUCUAUGCUAUGAUAAUUUCAGGGAACUGCCUGGUAUUGCAUGUGAUCUGGACUGAGCCAAGCCUGCACCAGCCCAUGUUCUACUUCCUGGCCAUGCUGGCCCUCACUGACCUAUGCAUGGGACUGUCCACAGUGCACACAGUACUGGGUAUCCUAUGGGGGCUCGGUCAGGAGAUUGAUUUGGAUGCUUGCAUUGCACAGACCUUCUUUGUUCAUGGUUUAUCAUGCAUGGAAUCUGGAGUUCUUCUUGCAAUGGCUUUUGAUCGCUUUACAGCAAUCUGCAAUCCUCUGAGAUAUACAUCCAUCCUCACCAAUACCAGAAUCAUCAACAUUGGUGUGGCUAUUCUAGGUAGGAGUUUCCUGUUCAUUACUGCUCCCAUUGUCCGCCUAAAGUUCUUCCAUUACUGCCGCCCCCACAUCCUCUCCCACUCUUUCUGCCUGCACCAGGACCUACUCCGUCUGGCCUGCUCUGACAUCCGCUUCAACAGCUUCUAUGCUUUAGCCCUGGUCAUCUGCACUUUGUUUUUGGAUUCAGUGCUCAUUCUCAUCUCCUACAUCUUGAUUCUGCAUUCUGUCUUGGCUAUUGCAUCCCAGGAAGAACGGCUCAAGUCCUUGCAGACCUGUGUCUCCCACACCUGUGCUGUCCUGGUUUUCUAUAUUCCGAUUAUUGGUCUGACCAUGGUGCACCGUUUUGGGAAGCACCUCUCACCUGUGGUCCAUGUCCUCAUGGGCAACAUCUAUAUCCUUUUUCCACCCUUGAUGAACCCCAUUAUCUACAGUGUCAAGACCCAACAGAUUCGUAGCAGAAUCCAGAGAUGGUUCACUAAACAGAGUACUAGAGGUUAA